AUGUCUCCAGAUGUGAUCAACCUCACAAGCCUCUUUGACGGCCGGUCAUCUGAGUAUCAAAUCCAACACAGGGUCGACCUUUUUAACAAAUGGAAAAUUACCCCGGGCUCUAGGAUCCUUGAGGUUGGCUGCGGGCAAGGAGAUUGCACCUUGGUGGCAGCCUAUAUGUUGGGAGAUCAGGGACAUGUCACGGCGAUUGACCCAGCACCUACAGACUACGGCACACCGUUGACUCUGGGAGAAGCACAAGACAAACUAAGGCAAACUCCCAUCGGCGAUAGAAUGACAUUUUAUCAAUCAAACCUUCAAGAUUUUCUUGAUUCGGGCGCUUCGGAGCAAGUCUACGACUAUGCCAUGCUUGUGCAUUCGGUUUGGUACUUUCCAUCCGUCGACGUAUUGCAGCAAAUGCUAGCAGCUCUCCGUGGAAGAACGAAAUGCCUUCUUAUUGCGGAGUACUCCCUUGAUAUCCGCGGUGAUAAUGCUGCUUUACCUCAUCUAUUAGCGGCAAUCUCGCAGGCCGAGUUCAACUCUAGAAGCAAUAUAUUGGACCGAGAUGACAACAUUCAGUCCAUUAUAUCUCAACAAACUAUUUGUGCGUUAGCGAAAACGGCAGGCUGGGAGUUACAGAAGGAAGAAAUUGUUGAGUCCCCUAAAGGACAGGAGGAUGCAGAAUGGGAGGUUCGCCGAGUUUUAUCGGAAGAAUACAGUAUCAGAUCAGAGUCACAUGGGGAUGCCAGUCGCCAAAACUUUGCAAAUGCAUUGAUCGAUGCUGUUGCGCAGAGCACGCGGGUUAUUGGACCGAAUCCAAAGCUUAGGACAUUGUCAACAUGGCUGGGCUCAUGGGUGUGA